UUCCACAGCAGCAAGAUGUCGGGGGUAGAAAAAACUUUCUCUAAAUUUGCGGUAUAUGGUGACACAUCUGCCAGUGGCAACGAGAUGACAGGGAAGAACUUCUCCAAGAUGUGCAAAGAGUGUGGGCUGACGGACGGGAAAGCUGUGACCAGCACUGACGUUGACAUCAUAUUCAAAGAAGUCAAGACCAAGGGUGCUCGCACCAUCACCUUUGUAGAGCUCUGCAGAAAGCGCUUCAAGGGCAAGUCACCAGAGGAAGCACUGCAGGCUGUCUAUGGCCUCAUCAAGGGGAAGGAGCCCAGCAGUGUGGGUGCCACACUGACCACCAAGGUUGGUGGAGUUGAAAGGCUAACAGCCACUAGCAAAUAUACUGGCAGCCACAAAGAACAUUUUGAUGAGAGUGGCAAAGGGAAGGGUCUUGCUGACCGCCAGGAUGUGAUGGACAACAGUGGCUAUGUCGGAGACUACAAGGGAACUGGCACACUAGGACUGAAACUGCUAAAGGAAACAAGGACUUUUCUCCUAUAG